GUAUCUUGAAGUGUAUCACAUCGAAUAUCGUUACAGUACUGUGACAAACGUAUCGGUAUCUGCUAUCGCUAAGUCGCAUUUUUGUACGAUAUUUGGUAAACAUUACGCGGUGGAAAUAGCAUCAGAACUGAAAGUGUGAAGACCCUGAAACAUGGAUACAAUCAAUCAAGAAACGAAUGAAAAUGGGACCAAUGAAGGAUUGAAUAAGACGAAUUCGCUCGAGGAAUUCUACGCUGGUAGUGGGAUCCUUGUGACAGGAGCGACCGGAUUCCUGGGAGUAGCUCUACUGGAAAAACUGAUGCGCGUGUGUCCACGCAUCGCUGCCAUUUUUAUACUAAUUCGCCCAAAAACUAACGAAACGAUAGAACAACGAUUUAAGAAGCUUAUAGAUGAUUCCAUUUACGGUAACAUUAAAGCGAAACAUCCCUCAGUUUUGAGCAAAGUUUACCCCGUGAAAGGUGACGUGAGUCUGCCAGAUUUAGGUCUUUCGCGAGAAGAUAGAAAUCUGUUGUUAGAGAAAGUAAACAUAGUGUUUCACUCCGCGGCCACUGUGAGAUUCAACGAACCGUUAGACGUGGCUGUGAGACUCAACGAACCGUUAGACGUGGCUGUUAAUGUGAAUACAAAAGGUACCGCUCGUGUCAUCGAGCUUUGGAGCGAACUAAAGCAUCCGAUUAGCUUCGUCCACGUCAGCACAGCUUUUAGUAAUGCGAAUCUACAUGAGAUUGAGGAAAAAGUUUAUACCACGAGCUUGAAACCUUCAGACGUGAUAGAUAUAUGUGACAAAUUCGACAAAACGUCGAUCAGCGUAAUGGAAAAGAGGAUUUUAAAAACUUAUUCAAACACAUAUACAUUCAGUAAGAAUUUAGCAGAGCAGAUUGUAGCAAGCAAGUAUAAAGAUCUGCCAGUUGCGAUAGUGAGGCCAAGCAUAGUUGGUGCCUCUUUGGAAGAACCAUGUCCUGGUUGGAUACAGGGUACCUCUGCAUUUACAGGUCUUGUUCUGCUGGUGAGCAGAGGAUGUGCAACAACAAUACCGGCUAGGAAAGAUGCAAGAUUGGAUGUAGUGCCUGUCGAUUUCGUAGUUGACACGAUAAUAUGUACUGCAUGGCAUGUCACGCUACAUCAUAAUCUUAAAGUUAAAGUUUACAACUGCACGAGUAACGCUAAUCCUCUUAAGUGGGGUCCGAUGACAGAUGCUGUGGUAAAAUAUAGCAUAGAAAUGCCACUGAACGAUACACUAUGGUAUCCAGGUUGUUCAGUCGUAGCUAAUAGAUAUAUUUACAACGUUCGGAGUGUAAUUCCGCAUGUUUUGCGUGCGUUUAUCGUAGAUGUCUUUUUAAGACUCCGAGGUAGUAAACCAGUAAUGAUGGAACUUCUCAAACGUGGCAAUAGGAUGUUCGUAUCACUACAGUACUUUAUGUUGCACGAAUGGACUUACCAAAGAGAUAACUGUUCCGACUUGGUCAGGAAGGUGAAAAUGUUGAAUGACAACGAUAUGGUCAAACUAGAUUUACGGGAUAUGAAUUGGGAGAAGUAUUUUGCAACAUACCUGAUGGGAAUUAGGAAAUUUAUUCUAAAACAAGAAUUUAUGUCAACAGCCCGACAAAGAUUAUCAAGAUUGUACUGGAUACAUCAGAUCACCGAAGUAUCCGGUAUAAUAAUUUUGCUAUGGAUAAUACUAUGUUUAGUGCACUGACUAUUUGAACGUUACUUUUUUCUCUUUGAACCAAGAAAAAUAUAAAUAGAACUUUAUGAA